ACGCUUCCCUUGGAGGGACCGUCCCGUGGCACCCGGCGGGCCGACGGGGACGCGGCGGGCCGGGAGCGCUGGCGAUGGGUGACCACAGUCUGGACGAGUUCCGCCGGCGCUGGCAGGAGGAGCUGGCGCAGGCCCAGGCGCUGAGGAAGCGGCGGAGGCCCGAGGCUGCGGAACGGCGGCCGCGGCGGCCCGAGGUGGUCCCUGGGCGCGGCGAGCCGCAGGCCUCGGGGUACCUGGCGCUGGCCCAGGGCCUUCUGGAGGGCGCGGGGCGGCCCCCGGCGGCGCGGGCGACCCGGGCCGAGAGGCAGGAGGCGGCGAGCCGUUCCCGCUCCCCUCCGGCCCGCGAGGCUGCCGGGGGCGGAGAGCAGCUGGUGGACCAGCUCAUCCGGGACCUGAAUGAAAUGGAUGAUGUGCCCUUCUUUGAUAUCCAAUUGCCUUAUGAGUUGGCAAUCAAUAUAUUUCAGUAUCUGGACCGGAAAGAACUAGGAAGGUGCGCACAGGUAAGCAAGACGUGGAAGGUGAUUGCAGAAGAUGAAGUGCUGUGGUACAGGCUGUGCCAGCAGGAAGGGCACCUUCCUGAGAGCAGCAUCUCCGAUUAUUCUUGCUGGAAGCUCAUCUUCCAAGAGUGCCGAGCCAGGGAACACAUGUUAAGAACCAGCUGGAAGAAUCGCAAAGGCGCCGUGAGUGAGCUGGAACACAUUCCUGACGCAGUUUUAUGUGAUGUACAUUCUCAUGAUGGCGUUGUCAUUGCUGGAUAUACAUCAGGGGACGUGAGGGUGUGGGACACCCGCACCUGGGACUACACAGCCCCCUUCUUGGAGUCAGAGUAUGAGGAGGACGAGCCUGGAAUGCAGCCAUAUGUCUCCUUUGUGAGGAUAAACAGCUCGCUGGCGGUAGCGGCUUAUGAGGAUGGAUUUCUUAAUAUUUGGGAUCUAAGGACUGGAAGGUAUCCUAUUCAUCGUUUUGAGCAUGAUGCAAGAAUACAAGCACUAGCCCUCAGCCAGGAAGAUGCAACUGUUGCCACAGCUUCUGCUUUUGAUGUCGUAAUGUUACGCCCCAAUGAGGAGGGAUAUUGGCAAAUAGCUGCAGAAUUUGAAGUUCAGAAACUGGUUGACUACCUUGAAAUAGUUCCAGAUACUGGAAGGUACCCUGUGGCAGUAGCCACUGCUGGAGAUCUGGUAUACCUGUUAAAAGCCGAAGACUCUGCCAGAACCCUCCAUUACGUCUACGGGCAGCCUGUCACAUGUCUAGAUGUCUCAGCCAACCAGGCUGCUUUUGGUGUGAAGAGUCUGGGAUGGGUGUAUGAAGGAAACAAGAUCCUGGUGUACAGCCUGGAAGCAGAACGCUGCCUUUCGAAGCUGGGCAACGCGCUUGGAGACUUCACCUGUGUCAACCUCCGGGACAGCCCUCCCAACCUCAUGGUCAGUGGCAACAUGGACAGGAGGGUGAGGAUCCACGACCUCCGCACUGACACGAUCGCCCUGUCCGUCUCUGCCCACCAACGUGGAGUCUCCGCAGUCCAGAUGGACGACUGGAAGAUUGUCAGCGGGGGCGAGGAGGGCCUGGUCUCUGUGUGGGAUUACCGGAUGAACCAGAAGCUGUGGGAGGUGCACUCCAGACACCCCGUGCGGCACCUCUCCUUCAACAGCCACAGCCUCAUCACAGCGCACGUGCCCUACGAGCGGGUGGUGCGCAACGCUGACCUAGACAACUUCGCCACCCACCGGAGACACCAGGGGCUGAUCCAGGCCUACGAGUUUGCAGUGGACCGGCUGGCCUUUCAGAGCACCGUUCCCAUCUGCCGUUCGUCCUGUGACACCAUACCGGGUUACAGCUACGACCUGGCACUUGCUUUUCCCUACGACAGUGUUUAGGGAAUCGCCUCACUUGGGAGCAAGGAGACGCAUGGGAAGCAGCAACUCUGUGAAGUCUGGAGCUGCAGAGGCGCACCACACUGGGUUUUAGGUGUCGGGGGAAGAAAGCAGCCCCAGGCGCACUCGUGUGGCCGCGCACAUUCCUCUACUGCCUUUGCUUUUCUCCUUUGCCAGUUCAUGUUUCUCCAGCUGCGUUUGUCAGGGCUCGUUUCAUCUUACCCUGUUCUCUCUCCCAUGGCUUUGAGUACCGCCACUGAUGGCUCAAGUUUGUACCGCCUUCCUCUGUGUUCCUCCCCCUUAGCCCUGCCUCUGCUCCCCACCUGUCUCAUGAGGGUCACCCUGGGGUCUCCCCACAUCGUUCUGCACACUACUCACAGGCCUUGCUACUGCUCUCAUGUAAGGUCCUUCUGCAGCCCACUCCCCCUCUUCCCAGUCUCCAAACCCUGUCUUCUUUGGGGGCCUUUGGAAAUGCUGGUCUCUGAGCCUACAAGGCCCCGACACCCACUGAGCCCUUGGAUCUGAGAUUAGGAACUCAACUCUGGGUUGUCUUCUCUGCCACUACCCCCAACCACCACCACCCAACCUGGGAGAACAGUACUUUUUCCUGGUAGCUUUUAACAUGGUUUAUAAUUAUAUAUUUAUACAAUUACUUCAUUAACAACUGUUUUGCUUCCUAUUGUGUCUAUGACACACGAUACAAACACAUUUUCUACAUAUUGAAUACACAGCCAUCCUCCAUGUGGGGUGGAAGAUGAUGGAUUCUGGAGUAGAGAAUGAGAGGAGAGAGACAUCGGAGGAUCCGUCAUGUUAAACCACUGAGAUAAACUAGGGCAACACGAGAGACCAGUUCAUAAAAAGCUUCCAUUUCCAGAGGAUUAAGAGGGCAAACCCUUGCAUUACUCUUGAUUUAGACUAUUGUAAGCAGCAGCCACCUAAGCUACCUUCAAAACAUCAGAGCAAAAAGCUGAUAGAACCACACAGAGAAACAAAACCCAUGUACAUGGUGGGUGAUCAAAUCAAUAAAAAUAUGUAAGCAUUUGGAGGAUUUAGUAUAACUUAUAAGCUAGACACGAUGUAGAUAGGAUUCUGUCCUUUUUCAAAUACCCCAUGGACCAUGCACAAAAAAUGACCAUGUAUGAAAGGCCACUAGGAAAACCUCAGUUACACAAAGCAAUACCAGACAGGCCCAAUCCAGUGCCCCAAUCCCAAUGUGAUACAAUUAGAAUUAACAAAAAACUAAACAAAAACACCUGGAAGCUCCAGGCACUCCUGAAUUAACUUGGUUUCAAAGAGGGAAAGAAAAAUGGAAAAUAGGAACUCUCUAGCCCAAGGUGACAGUGGGAGCCCUGAACACCAAGACUCAGGGGACAAGGAAAGAAUGGGGUGGGGAGACGUCGUGACUUUAAAUCAAUGUGCCAAGCUGUCACCCCAGAAAGCUUAAAAAAGAUCACAGUGAUCCUAAACAAAGUAUAAAGGAGUUAAAUCAGGAUAGAAACACAUUAAUGAACUAGGAAACCAACAAGUGGUGAAGUUGAUCAUAAAGCCAAAAGCAGUUUUUUGAAAAGACAAAAUAUACAACUCUUGAUAAGGGGAAAAAAGACGGCAUAAUCAAACAGUAUCUUCAGCGUGGGGGUAAUGUCCCCUCUGAUCCAAGAGCAAAGUGAAACUUUCCUGCUGUUCACGGGUGCGAACGGUUGGGAAAUACACCAUUCCUCGGAGGCCUAGAACUUUUGAGUGGUGAGGGUUUUGGAAGGCUUUUCAGAUUGAGAUCCUCAGUCAUAAAAAAUCCACAUCCAACUAGACAGGAUGACAGAGCCAGAGGGAGAGCCCAGAGUGGGAACCAUGCCCACAGUCCCGAGAGCAUUGCUUUCCCUCAGGCUGCCUUCCCGGGAAGGUGGCUGUGGCAGGAGAGUUUUCUGCUUCCUUUCAGCAAACCCCAUUUCUUCAUAAAUGAAGUCAGUCUGCAGCUGGCAAAUGCAGUAUGUGUUUUAUUUACGCUCACCGCCGUGUGGCGCUCUGACCCCCUAGUGACCUUGCUUUAGACGGUUUUCACCUCUCACAGACUUAGUGCAACUGGACCACUGGGGAAAGUUUAUUUUCUCUUUUAAGAAGCAGUCCCUUUCAGUCUGAUUCCACAGUUCAUUUUGCAGAUGCAUUCUCCCUCCUAGCUUUGCAGGAAAUUAAGGAUAAUGGAAGAGUUCAAAAGAAAUUAGACCCAGAAAAUUUUACUGAAAGUAAAAAUAGUUUUAAACUACUUUCAUUCACUGCCAACUGCUGGUCCAGUGUAAAAUGUUACAAGUGUGGGGUUUUUGGUCCCAGCCUGUUGACAAUAUCUUCCAUUCAUGAAAACCACCUGAGUUUUGUGAAGGAGAGUUUAUUGGACCCAAAUUAUCAUCUCCAAGCACGCCAAGCUCAGUCAGCAUUUUUUGCUGUAAACCUUACAUCCUGGCAGAAAUCGCCCUGAUGGGAAAGGAUCAAAGUUCUUUUAUGAACCAGCAGUUACCAGUGGCUUAAAAAAAUCUUGGCCCACGUCCACCCCCUCCUGCUCAUCCCAACCUCACCUCUGUCUCCACUGGCUAUUUUGUGGGAGCCUCGCAAGUUCUGAGUGCUUAGCUGACGUAGCAUCUACUUUCCUUUUGUGGCUCUUCUGCUUUUCAGCCUCAGCCCCGGGUCUCCCCUAAAGACAAGAGAGACUUGGAUAUCCCGCUGGGGGAGCCAGAGGGCCAGACACCAGAAAUCUUUGUCUUACCUUAACCACUGUAUGACUUUCGCUUUCUACUUUAUAACAUGUCCAUGUUGGUUCUGGUAUUAAAUUUUUAAAGUGUA